UUUCUCUUCCUGGAAUCAAUGUUCGUCGAUGUUUUCAUGGAAUCAAUUUCUCUCUUCCUCCUCCAAUCCCAAUCACUCGAUCUUCUCUCUAGCUUCUGAUCUCCAUCUCCUUCUUGGUAAGUCUUCAUCCUCUUUUCGAUUUCCUCCUCUGUUGCUGCACAGUGAAACCAGCCCAAACGAAGGCGUUUUGAAGCAAACUGGUCCAGCUAGACCACCUCCUCUUCCUCCUCCGCCGCAAUUCUGCGAGAUUCCGGCCACCACGUCUCCCUCGCCUCCUUCUGAUCCGGAGAAGAGAGAGGAGACAUUGAAACCAAAGUUGAAGCCUUUACAUUGGGACAAGAGUCAAUGAAGAGAUGAUAGAGACAUUGUCAGAGCUAAUGAUCCAAGUUCAAGAACAAGAGAUGUCGGAAACGCAGGUGUUGU